UUUGGCGGGAAAUCGUUAAACCGCCUAAAGGGAGAGAAAGAAGGACAACAGAGUCUAAUUUCCAAGGAGAUAAAGAGAAGACGCACAAAGCCAGCACCUGUUUUAUUCAAAAUUCUCGUCGCUUGGUUAUUCCUCUUCGUCGUUAUUUCAAGGAUCUUCUCGAGUGAAUGCGAUUCUUUUGAAUUAACCACACCCAUUCCAUCAUGAACACCUACUCCACUACUCCCAAUCGGAACACAGCCACUCUCAUCUCCUCUUCUCCUCGCCACAAUCCCAUUAAACACUCACCACCAUACGCUCCCUUGCUACAACACAUGGCUCCCUCCACAUUCUCUUUCAUGCCUUCUAACAAUACUCCUUCCUCACAUAUAAAACAGUCGCCACCAUAUUCCUCAAAGAUUCCCUCUACUAAUAAUCUCAAGCAGUCUCCUCCAUACACUUCCAAGACUCAUAAUGAUAGCACUUCAUCUUCAGACGCCAGCCCUGGUGGCAAUAGGUCUCGCUCUUUCUCCAUCACUGAUAUAUUAGCAGAUAAUAAUACGACCUCGUCAGUCUCUCGUAAAAGAACAAGUCCUAGCGAGUCUUCCGUUAGCAGUCAAGAGAAGACGCCGCGUGUUGUUGCUAGUGAAGGAGGGCUCUUGUCUCCUACUUCUACCGCUACUCCUGUUACAACUGGAGGAGAGCAACAGCAGCAGAGUCUACUAUCACUGAUGCAGGCUAGUGGAGUGGUAAUGUCUCCUAUUAAUGCUUGUCUUCCUGUGUCUCCUGCUUUAUGUCAGUCAACAACUGGUCCUUAUCAGAAUCAAGUAGCAGGCUAUUUCCAUCCUUUAUCAAUGCUGGCCUCAACACAUGCUCCACCUUCAGCUCAGUCCUUCUUCCCGACGACACUAUCAGGUGUUUCACAGCAGAUGAGGGGAGGGGCCCAGCAGACUGGAGGGCUCUACUCUGUAUUACCUAAUCAAUUACAGGAGAACAUGGCGGACAUGAAGCUUGCCUCGUCACAACUGGAUGAUAGUGGGACAGCUGAUAGUAUUCAUGAUGCUAGCAAUGGAUCCAUUGAUGAAGAGUCGACUGCUAAUGUUAAUGGUCGCAAUGGAAACAGGAGUGCAUUAAGGAAACUGGACAUUAAUGAACACGCCCCCAACACUAAUAAUACUAAUAGUAAUGUGUCCACAACUCCAGUAAACACUACUCCAAAGUCUUCAGUACGUUACAAUCAACAUCAACAGCCUUCACACACUGCCCCUCCCCCAUACCUACCUAACUACAUCUCAUGGAGCCCUCUACAGCUACCUAACCCUGCUGCAACAUUCUCCCCCUCGAUAUUCCUAACGUGUCCCUCUGGUCCUCUCCCUCCCUCGUCUGUGGUCCACCCGGUCCCACGCUCCAGUCCUCAAGACCUUUCCAGUCCAGACGAGAAGAUAGGCGGAGUAGUGGGAGGGGCUAAUUCGUUUAUGACGUCUACUCCGAUAAGACGUGGGGAUAGGAUCCAGUUGGUGUCACCGUCACGAGUUCAUUCUCCGAUAGCUAACGGUAGUGGGAGUAAGAGGGGGAGUAGGAUUCAACAACAACAAGUGGAACAAAAUACGUCAUCAAAUGAGCAUAACUCAAGUGCCAGUGACUCUGAGAUGCCACUCCUCCAUCGUCCUCGUGUCCCAAGGCGACGCCCACCAAAAGCUCGGACGUCCCUCAACCCUCUACUAGAGAACACUAAUCCUUCACCAUCAGCUACCUCUCCCCCCACCCGUCCCUCUCUCCCCCCUCCCUCUGCUCCCCCCAGUUCACUACUAACUAGUUACAAGCUCUCUUCACAGCAGUAUCCUUCAUUUAGUGACAGUGGGAUAGUUCCUGACUCUUCUUCCAGUAUGUUGUAUCGUUCUUCUUACGGGCCACUCAUGUCACCUGUGGGACAUUACCAGCACCAGCAGAAGACCCCCGUCAAAGGAAGGCUGGAUAGAGGGGGAGGGGGUGGGGCUGCUUAUGGGAGAAUAUUGUGUGGUAGCUCACCAGUUACCGAUCACCUUAACAAGACUGGGCAGAUACAGAGUGUGCCCCCUUGGUUUAUAUGCUCUGAUAAGAAAUCUGAUGGAAAGAGGUUGAGACUGACUGAAGCUAUCAACAAGUCAUUAUCAGAAUCUGUGACACAAAAACAUCAUCAGCUGCCCGCUGAAUGGCAGAAACUAGCUUACGGGCAGACCGAAGAUCAGAAAAGUUUGACAAGAAAAGCACGCAAUUUUUUAAAAGGAAGACCAAGAGUGUUGAAAUUCGAUGGAACUGGGAGCGGCAGUAGCAGCAGCAGCUGCAAUAACAAGAAGAAAGUUAGUCAGUAGUGCUUUGGGAUUUUAAACUGAAACUUAAAGCUAGUAUUUAUUAUGAACUCAUUUUUAACCUAUAUCAAUAAAAUAUUAUUAAUAUUAAUAUUAUUAUUAUUAUUAU